GUCACAACUUGAGGACCAAUAAUAUGAUAUUGACAUCCUAUUUAAAAAAAGAUGUGAACAUUAGAAACAGACGAUAUAUUAUUUUAAAAGAUUUAACUGAUAAAAUGGAAAGUGAGAAGAAGUUUUACUUUUCCAUUUGAUUGAAUGAUUUAGUUUUACAUAACAAAAUACAUAGCUUGACAAAAUGCACAAAAACAUAUUAACAUUUCUAGUCGGCCAACAACUAUUUCAACACUCUUCUAUCUCUUUCCACUACACCUGUACUUAUCUCUAUCUAUAAAUACUACUCUCUCUCCAUACCCUUUUUAGAUAUUAUAUGUUCGAACCUCUUCUACCACUUUCUCCAUACCCUGCCAAACCCAAUUCCCUCGUCGUCUCAGUUUUAGUUUAGUUUGUUAAGAAAGAAGAAAAAAAAAAUGGGUGGUGGAAAAGAUAAACAUGAGGAGCAUGACAAAGGGCUACUUGGGACACUUGGACACAUUGUGGGACAGCAAGUAGGAGGACACCAUGGACAACAUGGUGGAUAUCCCCAGCCCCAACAGUACCCUCCACCUCCUGGUGCAUACCCUCCUCAGCAGGGUUACCCUCCUCAACAACAGGGUUACCCUCCUCAGCAGGGUUACCCUCCUCAACAGGGCUACCCUCCGGCGGGCUAUCCAUCCGCCGGGGGUGGAUACCCGCCGGCUGGUUAUCCAGGCUCAUCUGAUCAUCAUUCAGGAGGGCAUGGCGGUGGCAUGGGAUCCAUGUUGGGUGGUGGGGGUGCGGCUGCAGCCGCUGCUUAUGGUGCUCAGCAUCUUAGUCACGGCACGCACGGCACGCACGGCUCUCAGUAUCCACAACCAUAUGGGGGCGCGCAUAUGAUGCAUGGCGGCAAGUUUAAGCAGCAUGGACAUGGUGGCAAGUUCAAGCACGGCAAGCAUGGCAAGCACGGUAAGCACGGCAAGCACGGCGGCAUGUUCGGUGGUGGAAAGUAUAAGUAGUAGUCCAUUCUCUGCCUCGCGCCCGCCUAUGCCAGGGCUCGGCCAUAUAUAUAUAUAUAUAUAUAGUGAUAUUUUGAUGUUUUUAGUUUGGUGAUUAUGAUUUCCCCAGAAUAAUCUGAUACAGACAUUCACAUUGGCAGUGUUUGAAUGUAUUUUGUCUUUUGUCUGUUUUGUUUGUUUCAUCUUUUAUUUUCUAGUUACCGACUUGUUGUUAAUUUUAGUAUCUGAAGUUAUGAAAACUUACACGUAAUUUGUCCCAA